UAAAUAUAGCUGUGUCAUCAUAGGUCUGUAUACACCUUCGAGGUAUCACACUUGCAGAACUCAAGAAAACUGCAGAACACAGACGCAAGAAUGAUGAAUGCAGUAGUUGUUCUUCUGGUCUUCUGUUCGCUGUGGAACGAUGCACAAGCAUUCUCCAGCAACGCUGCUGACUGCUGCCUGUCCACCAGUGAUGCUUUAGUUCCACGCCGCAUUCUUGAAUCAUAUAAAAUCUUAACCGUAGAGGAUGGAUGCCCCAUUCCAGCUACCGUGUUCAUCACAAAAAAGAACAAGAAGUUGUGCUCUCCACCUACAUACGACCCGAGAUAUCCAUGGGUGAUGAAGCUUGUUGAAUUUCUGGACAAUCGUAGCGGCAAAAGCAAAGGUGCUCAGUGAUCAACAGGGUGAAUAUGCCCAGACUUGUUGGAUCACCAUGACUGCAUCAUGUUCUGUGAAGCUUUUGCAAUGUUAAUACGCUACUUUGCUUCGUAUCCAUGUCAUUUGAACAUUUCUGAUAUCACGCACAUGCUCUUGAGUUAUGCUUCUCAUACAAAAAAAAAUAAACAUAAAAUGUACCAGGGUGCAUGUCUGUAUCAACAUUGGGUUUUUUUUAUACACAUUAAAUCACUGAUGAGUUGUAUUUUUUUACCGUCAAAUAUGCACAUGACUUUUCGAAGACAAGUGAAUUCAAAUAAAAUUCAUUUUUGUAAAUAA